AAACAUUCCAAACAAAAUGGCGAGGUCAUCGUUUCUGUCGAUGGGACGUUAUUGCGUGUAGAUGUCUUUGGUCAGAUCCUUUUCUAACGAGGUCUGAUAGCCACGAGGCUAUGGCGGAUCGUGGUAAAACACGGUCGAAAAUUUACGAGAGGUUAAACAACCCUGAACUUCGCUGUAAAACCGGGUGAGUCAUUUCCCUUGUUGGUUUCGAAAUCUUCGAUUGUUUGGCAGUUUAACCUGCCAGUAGUCUUAUUUGUCUUCACGGUCUUAAGCUAUCUUCACGGAACCUAAUGCAAACGAAAACUAUAUCGUACUUUUUGUUAUUGUAAAAAGCUGCUUACCUCCAGUCGUUCUUUAUUCUGAGAUUUUGAACGCAGCGCUUUAAGCUCAGCUGUGAGGCUGAAUGAUGGAUGUUAAAACAACUGCAAGGUAGAUUGAUGCUUUCCAUCCCUGCAUUUUAAGCUCCAUUCUUGUAAAAAGGCCUUUGUUAGCCCAGUUGUUCGUGAGGAAAUAUGAAACAUAACCUUUGGUGAGUGUUUGAAUAGAUCGUGGCAAAGGUGCAUGGAAUGAUGAACUGCCUAUCGGCUGCUACACAUCGUGCCCGCUUCGCCGGAAAUGAAGGACCAUCAUGUGAUUUCCGUCGUGUAGUUGUGUAACUUGCUUCUUCUUAGCGUUGUCUAAAGCAAACCAUAGCUUAACACGUAACUGUAACAACGCAAAUUAAGAUAGAUCUUCAUUUUUUUAGAAACACCUUUUCAAUUGCUUUUUACUGAUGAUGUUGUCGAACCCCACAAUCACACCUUGGGGACAGAACAAAUUUAUGGUGGUUAAAAUAAAUUGUUUAUUGUGAUCUCCUUCAUGAUAACUGUCGAACCCCAUAAGGGUAAUCCAAUCAUAUAUAAUAGCCACCUUGGGGACAGAUCUUUUAGAAAACUUGCAAAGUUUUAUGGUAAGGGUUUUUUCCACUAGCAAACUGGUGAAACCACAACAAAUUAUUUAUUUGUUUGGGAACAUGGAUUUCAUGCCUUUGCUGUAUAUUUUUCUUCCCAUAAUGGUAAUCUAAUCAUAUAUAAUAGAUAGCAAUGAAAUUCACAAAAAAACGUGAAUAAUGUUUUGAAUCAAAGUGUUAACGUGACAGAACGAGCAAGGUUUGCAAUAUCCCUAGAAGUAUCUUAGACAAUUUACGCGUACUGCAGCAGUAUAGAUGGAACACAAUCAAAAUAUGAUUGCAUGCCACGAUUAAUCAUCAACGUGCCAUACGAAUCAAAUUUCACAACUAUUCUUGACAUUUUCAUUAGUCGCUGAUGAAACAACUGGCUGUUGUCAAGAGGCUUUUUUUGGCUGUUGGGGACAUGAUUUAGUGUCCUUUGCUAUUUCAGAGAAGUUUAAACAAGAGUCAAUGUAUGGACUGCUCGCUAGGACUAAAAAAAGUUGCCGUUACAGAGAGGUGGCCAUAAGUGGAGGCUCGACUGUAUUAAAUUUCAACAGACUGGAUUAGAACUAGAACAAAUUAUCCUUUGGGGUGUGGGAUGGGGAGGGUGUUAAAAAUGUAGUGUUUGUGUUUCUUUAGGACCAUGGCCACCAAGUGGCAUGAAAUUUUUGCAUCAGUUUAAGUUUUCAGAUCAGCUAUUAUUUGUAUUUUUGUAGGAACUAAUUGAUGUAAUUGUUUAAGACUGGUUUUUCUUGCUGGAAAUUUAUUUUUGCAAUUUUCAGAAAGAGAAAAGUUUAGUUUAGCAAUAAGAGAAAAAAACAAAAAUCAUUCUGUGCACAUGUACCUUAUCAGUGUGUGAUUAACUCAUAGAUUCCAUCUGUCACCAGGAGUUAUUUUAAAAACUAUAUUAUUAGAUUUGGUGUUUGUGAUAUCCAGAAUAAUCAAGGUUGAGGUAAGUGUUAAAUCAUCUGAGUCAACGGCUGCAGCUGAUAACACUUAGCGAGACCUUGAUUGUUCUGGAUAUCACAAAAACCAAAUCUAAUAGUUUCUUUAUUAUACAUUGUUUAAUUGAAGAAAAUAAGGACAAAAACAGCAUCACGUGGAACUCGGUUUGACAUUGCUCUUUUAAAUCAUGCAUUGUGCGCACAACCUACAGAUUAAUCACUAACCUGCUAGCAGAUAACUAACUAAUCUGUAUGUUGCACUGAUUUCCAAAAUUAUCUGUAGGCUCUUGGCCAAUGAGAAGACAGAUAGUGAGUAGAAUAUAUAAUAAUUCUAAAUAUAGGAAAUUAUGAAUGAGGUGUUAACGAGUAUGGUUAAAACUUUACAGUUGUGGUUUCUAUGGCAACCCAGCAUGGAAAGGUUACUGUUCAGUGUGUUAUCGUGAAGUAUAUCUAAAACAGCAAAGAGCACGUGCUGCAUCACAGAGCAGAGAAGCUGCCCUUGCAGGAGGCUCUCAAAACUUACGUGCUGAAGGUAAAAAUAGUUUUUUCAAUGUAUAUUGAGCAAGUAGUGAGAAUAUAAUACAUGACUAGAAACAAUGACUAGUUAUUAACAAUGGCAAAGCCAUGUGAACUUGUAACAUGUUUUGCUUGUGAAAUUUCUUCAAAUUUGAUGGAAUUUGCUUAUGUUGGUGCCUUCAUGAUGACAAUAAUUAUUCUUUUUAGUCAUAAAAUGUUUUGUACAUGAUAUUCACAGUUCAUGAUCUGAAGUCAAGAGUAAACAUGUACAUUGUAAAUUUACUUCUGUUUCUUAUUUUUAAACUGACCCCAUACUUUUGACUCAUCAUAGCUGUACAAAUGUACAGUACCACCCAAAAAUAAAAAACAAAAAAAACCUUGAACCUAGGAUAAAAAUGAACCACAACAUAUUUUGGAACAGUUUUCCCUAGAAUAGUCUUUAGUGUUUGAUCAAAAGUCUAGGGUCCAGUCCAGAGUUCAUUCCUAGUGAUAUAUACUCAAGUGUCUUGAUUAAGCAUACUUGAAGAGCUUGGGUUUCUGGUGAUUACAUGUGCACUUACAUUAGAAUGACAUUAUCAUCAGAUCUGGCUCAGAGCAGUAUUUUUUCAUUUUUAGUUGCACGAGAGGAGCCUGAAGAAACUGGAAAGCUAAAGUUUAAUAAGUUUGAAGAAAAGAAGAAAUUUCAGUUGGAGUCAAAAAAGUAAGUGAGACUGAAGUAAAUUUUUACAUAAAAAGGAACAUAAAUGCAGACCAUUAGAUAAAUAAUAAUAUUCAAACAAAGGCUGCCAAAAUUUUGUUAAGUACUUUUUCACUUUGCUUAUAAAUUUUAUGUUAUAGGUCAAAUUUGAUUUCAGGUUAAUUUGAUUUAACCGAGGUUGAUUGACUCCUAGUCCUACAAGACAAAGGAAAUUGAGAAUCAACCUAGGUAAAGAACUGUUAGCCUGAAAUCAAAUUUGACCUGUAAUAUUAUUUCUUUGAAACCACCAUAAAUCAUGUAAUAUCAUUAUGUACAAUGAUUUUAAUCAAGGAAACAAAAUUAACAUGUAUCGAUCAACAGGGGCUUUUAAUCAGGGCAAGAAACCUGGGAAUUUUCCCUCUCUACAAUCAGCAUGACCCUGGGCUACUUUCCAAGAAAACAAAAAGGAAAAUGUAACCAAAAGAACUUCCCAGCUAUUCAAUGCCCUGCCUAGUAAUUACCUAUAUACCGGGUAACUUGGAAUCUUAAGUGAUAGCCUUGAAAUUAUUAUCCUAUGUACAGUGUAUAGCUAUUAUUGAUAGGAGGGCAUGUGGAUCUUGAAACCCUAGUAUCAGCAUGCAUAUUCUCUUCACUUUUUCCCUACAUUUCCUGUGAUAAAUAAACAAGGCAAUCAGGACAUAAUUUUCACUUCUUGAACAUUUCCUUUUUCCAGUGACCUAUGUGUUUGGUUUAGCAGUGUUUGCUGUGUCACAUGUAGUAUAAGGAUAAACGAAAUUUUUAGUAUACAAACUUCAAAACACAGAGCAACAAUUUAAAACAAAAUUUAAUAUUUCAUUUGAAUCGUUUGAAUUUCAUCCGUGAUCUAAAAUGUCAGCUUACGUACAUUGUAACAGAAAGUUUAUAUUAUGUACUGUAUUCCCAGUUCAGGAUUGUAAAUGGCCGGGAGGUUCAAGUCACUUUUCGGAGCUAAGAAAUUAAAGGGUUUAAUUUUUUUAUUCAAACAGGCAGAGUGUAAAGAACUUAUUCAAAAAGAGUCCUGGUAGAAGUGUUUUACCAGAUGGUUCCCCAGCUGCUAACUUUACUCCAUCACCAGGUAAACACGGCAAAAUAUUAUUCUAUGCUACACUGAUGAUAGUAAGAGGGCCAUAAUUUACUUGGGGAAAAUGCAACUUGCCUAUACAUGUAAGAUGCAUCUUGAACAAGACACAAACUUUACCUUUAAUUUAUAAAAGCAUACACUGUAUACAUUGUAAAAGUGCAUCUUACCUAAGUUAUCUCUCAUAGGCAAAUUAAUGCAUUAGUUUUUGUUAUAUGAGUGUGACAAACACUUCUCGAGGUUUGUUUUUAGACAUUACUUUGUCCAGUUUGAUCUUAACACUGUCAAUUUUCAUUCAUUAAUUUGACAGUUUUUUAUAUUAUUAUUAACUCAGACUUUUUUUUACAUUGUAGUGGAGGUUCCCAAGGCUGCUGCUGGUUUCCGUGAGUUUCUGAAGACCCUCAAGAAGCCGGCUGCUCAAGAUGUUAAUGACAAGUGCAAAGUGUGAGUUUCAAACUCGUCUUUUUAUAAAUUUUCUUUUUAUUUUCUUCUCUCUGUCCUGUGGGUAUAGUUAUUUCUUGUUAUGAUCAAUUAUUAUUAAUGAUAUUUUAGCGUAAAAUGGAAGUUAAUGUUUGCAGGCAAUAACCUGUGAGCCUCCAGAUCACUGCAGUUUUACCCCACAUGGCAUCUCCUUAUUUGGCACUCUGCCUUCUAUAUUAUGCUAUAUGCCCUCACAGUUGGCACUUUCUUCUAUCGCUGUAAGUUCAAGCACUCAUAUGUGCUGUUACUGCAUUAAGAGAAUACCUCCUCCAGACAAGUACACAUCCAGCCGCUCAGCCUCUGCUCCAGUUCUCAGACGGCCAGUACCUUCCCCGCUCACAUCGCACAGCUUUUGCAUCAGAGCUGCUACCACUGCGGGAGCUGAGGGCCUCCCAGUCUAGCUGAUUAAAGUGCUUGGUCGAUGGAAACCCUUUAUCCAUACCAGACAUAAAUCGGGACACCUAGAGACAAUAUACUUGGCAUACAUUACUUACACCUCAUGGACAGUUUUGUAUUCCUCUUACAUGUAUUUUUGUGAAUUUUUUAUUGUCAUUACCAUUUUGUUACUGUUUGGGUUUGCAAGCUCACUACCUAGCUCCCCAAAAAGAGCAAGACAAGAUGAUUCCGAGAAUCUUGGUAUAAGUAAUUUUUUUAUAUGUCAGCCGAAGUCAGUCCACCAAGCACUAACAACAGCAAUUUUUCUCUUUUUUUACAUGUUUAUUCAAACAAAAACAUAGAUUUUAAGUCCAUUUUCGUCCUCCAAUCAAGGAAUACACACUUUCAAGAGUCUAAAUUCAAAAUUUUCCAGUGGAGCAUUACUGUGUUUGUUGUUAUUCAGAUUUGUCCAAAGAAUGUUAAACAAUCCUACACUCAGUGUGGACCAGCAGAGUGAAAUGGUGCAUGAUUUUUAUGGGGUGAGUACUAUAAAGUAACUUUUUUUACCCCAUAAAAUUCACUAAAAAUCACCAUGCACCAAACUGUAAAUAUCAAGCCCUGGUGUUUCAAACAUUGAAUAGUGCUAUACACCUGAUAAAUUCUAUCCAGCAGUGAACCAGUUUAUCCUCUAGAUAGAGGUGAAUCCAAUGGAUAGCGUUAUAUCCACCUUUCAAACAAUGGGACCCAUGGUUUCCCAUUACUCCUGGAGAUUUUGCGUAAUUUUGAAGCAUGGUUUUCUGGUCAAUAAAGAGCUAAAACUUACCAAAACCGUUUAUUAAUUAUUCUGAGCCAGAUCAAAAUAUCAGCUUGCAAAGUUCGGGCAUGCAUUUUUGGGUUUAAAAGUGACACAGCAGUCUUGACUUUUCUUUUAACUUUCUCUCCUCCCUUCUUUUUUCGUUGCCUCAUUUUUUUUUUUCUUGCUGGGCAUUUAGUAGGCUUCAUUUUGGUGGGAAACUUUUAGGAAAGUUUUAGGAUCUUAGGAUUAGGUUUAGGUGGGUAAUGGAACAAGAUUUUCAUGGAGAUUUUCAGGUCCUUGUCACGUGGUUUUUGCUUCUUUCUCCGCCAUGAAUUGUGCUCAUUCUGGUAUGGUUUGAAAGACUCUUCAAGUACCGUUAAAACUGAUGACGUCACAAAGGGUAGAAAGGACAUGGAUCCGCAAUAGAAUAUUCAUGUACAUGUAGUUGCCAUCUUCAAACUGUCAUAACAGUUGAUUAAACUGUUAUGACCUUUUGACUGACGUUUCUGGCCAUGGCUUUUAAAAAACAAGUAACUUCAAAAGAAGCAAUAGAAUAAGCACUGCACUUCAAUCUAAUAACAUUUCCAAGAAACCAAUCAGAUACUGGAGACCUGUGUAUCCUGGUGUUCAAUAGUGACUUCACUUUUACUGACCAUGUACAAAUCAUGACCUUUUUAGGCGAUGUCUGAACAUCUUCAAUCCCACCCUCUGUUCCAAAACCAACCUCCAGAGGCCAUUGAUAGAACUUUGGAUGGUGUAGAAAAGCAUAUCAUGACCAAGCUCUACAGAGUGUAAGUUUAUUAUUGAGCAGCUUGAACAAUACUGUGAUUUGUUGUAAGCAAGUAGUGUUUGCGUUAAAAUUAACUUAAUAUACAAAUGGGCCAAUUGACAAGAAGCAGUUUGGGCACUAAAAGGAAAUAAUAACCAACAAUCUUCUUGUCCACUUUCGUUUUUUUUUCGGUGGCGGAGGGAGGGUGGGGGUGGGCGCUUAUUCAAUGCUGGGCACUUAUUAACUUCCCUCCCUACAGGAUGGGUGCUUAUUUGAGGUUGGGUUCUCAAAAUACAAUUAAUACAAUUGGUAUUAAACUUAAGAGGGAAUGUUUUAUCUCAUAUCUUGAGGAGCAAGUAGGAAAAAGUAGGUACAACUGUACAGCCAAGUUUUUUGAACCUUAUAUUUGAGUUGCCCAGGUAUCAGUUGAAACACUGUUGUUAGUUUUUAUAAUAUAGCUUUUUUUUUGGUUUUGUUAAAGUCUGUGUAUUGUUAGGAUCCCAUCUCCUGGGUGUUUCGGAUCAAUAUAUGUUUCUGGGAAAGUACCCACCUACUCCUCCCCUAAGCCAACAUUUUGCCCUGAGUGAGAAGUAAGUGUUAAUGUUGACUUAUAAGGGAGGAGUAGGUGGGCAGUUUCCCAGAAACGUAUAAUGAUCCGUUGUUUCUUGGUGUUAUUGGAGUUUAUUAUUGUUUAACAAUAAAAAUUAUUGCAGUGUAGUGUGCAUGACGUUCAGUAUCUUUCCAAGCUCAUUUUUAAAAUUUUCAUUUGGUGAUUGCGCCUUCCAAAAGUGUACAAAUAUCGACAAUUUUAAGUAUUAGACUGCAAUUUAACAGUCCCGUUUUAUAAGAAUUAGUUUUGCAAGGUGCUAAUCACCAGAAUGAAAUUCUUGCAGUUUUGACAUCAGACCUUCAUGUGAAUUCUUGCAUUCUUGACUGACACAAAAAUUCAGACAAGUUUUCAGUCUAAUUAAGGAUAAACAAUUUCCUGUUUUCAGUGUUUUCUGUCCACCCUCUACUGAUGAUGAAACAAGAGACUUGGCAAAUCAAAAGAGAAUUCGAAGUUUUAACUGGAUAUCUCCUCAACAUCUUGAUGCUGCUAUUAAUCCUGACAAUGAGAAGGUUCAGCAGUUGAUUGAAGAUUCACAGCAAGGUUAAUGCUUAUCUCAAGCUUGGUUUUCAUUAUUACCUUUAAAUUUAUUUUUUUUAGUCUCCAAAAUCUGGGAUUUUAAUCAGAAACAUUGACAGAAUUGCCAAAUUGUGUGGUUUUGUCCAGAUUGUUUCCUUCAGGCUCAAGACAGUUUUGUUUAAUGAUAUUAAUAAUGAUUAUGAUUAUUAUUGUUAUUAUUAUUUUUUUAUUUUUAUUUUUGAUCAUUUCAUUAUUAUUACUAAGUAUUAUUAUUAUUAUUAUUAUUAUUAUUAUUAAUACCAAUAAUGAUCACUUGAUUUUAGUUCCAUCAUUUAUAUUUUUAAAACAAUUUGAAGACAUGACUGUACUUUUGUGUACUUCAUUUUAAAUAACCAAAUCAUAAUACUUUAUAUUUGUUGAAUUUUUAUUAAAAGAUCUUGUUGAGAUAAACACUAAAAGAGCUCCUCAAGACAAGCUGGCUUGUGUUGUUCGAUGUUGCAAGAAAAUAUUUAGUAUCCUUUUUAAAUUACCAAUUAUAAUAAAUAAAGUUAUUGUUACUUUCUUCCUGUCACUGCAGGGCUGUGCUCUGGCUGCAUCUGGAGGCUCCUGGCACCUUACUUUUGCUCUUGGGCAACUAGGAAAUCUUUGUUUUUUCAGAGGAAUCCUAUGUUGGGCACCCUGAAUUUCACUGGUUCAUAGCACUGGGCUCUCUUGCCUUGAAUUUUUGUUAGAACUCAGCAUUAAACUGUGCAUGUGAUAUGCAUGAGGCUUUUUCUGCACCACUAAAGGCUUUAAAAUGGGAAGAUAAUAAUAUUAGUGUAUGCCUUGUCCAUCUUUAAUUUCACGAUCAGUCAGUAGAGAGGUUUAGGUUCUGAGACAAGGAUGACUACGAGAGUGAGAUUCUCCCAAUGCUGAGUAGCACGAGGGUGCAAAGCAACGUCAUUUUGGCGGGAAAAAGUGAUAGCCAUUGUCAUUCUACAACGAGUGUUAGCGAGAAUGUUGCAGCUGAGAAAACAAGUUAUCAAUUAAAUGUUAGAAAUUUUAUCAUUUAGUGAUCUGGAGAGGGCUUUACCUCUUUCAAGGAAAAUAAGCGAGCUAACUUUUGUGGUGAAAAAAGUACAGUGAUGCUUUCCAAGGUGUCUAUUUUUAGAGAAAAGGCGAGAAAACUUAAAAUUGAAUGUCAUCCACGUAAUCAUACAUAUCCAAUCUAAAGCUCUCUAGUAUUUAUUUUACAACAUGUAUUAGCAACCUUAACAGUUGAUAGAAAUUAUUCAUCUGUCAACACCUGUGGGGGGAGCAGUAAGCGCCGAUGAUUUUCUUCCUUGUCUUAUUUAUGUUGUGUUAAAAGCAAAUCCUACAAUGUUACAUUCCAAUGUACAGUAAGUAUCAUAAUCAUUAUGAGUCUCAUUUUUUGACGUUCGUACUCACCCCAUAUUCUUUUCACAUCAAUAUUAAUCAAUUUUCAUUGCUUUCAGUGCCUAUUGCCAAUCACAGGUUGGCUGACACUACUGUGUGGUUUAUUUUCUACAGAUAUAUUUCCAGAUUUUGUAAUCCAAAUAAAUUAAUGAUGGGAGAAGCUGGGUAUUACUUUACAAACCUGGUAGGUACAUAUUGUGACCCUGUACAUAAAGGCUAUGUGCAUUAAUAUGAUUUUAUUCAAUCUGUUAUGGUUUGCAUGCAUUAUGCUGUCAUCAUUAAUGAUAAACACAUUCUCAAAAUUUCUUACCUUGCAUUUGUUAAGGCAUUUUAGAAACCUGCAUAAAUUUGCAAGUGCAAAUAUAAGCACAUGUAUACACUGUACACUGUAACAACAUCUAUGCUACAUGAAAUGUACAUGGUGAAGUUUACGUUUUUCAUUAAUGGACAUUUCAGUAGAUCGAAUAGAAUAAUGUUAAGUGAAAUUAUAGUUGGAUUCAUUCACUUUUCAACCCUUACCAUUAAUGAAUUAAACAUAUUAGCCAUUACUAGCAAAAAAAUCUAGACAAUAAAACAAUUGUCCAGAGAGAGGCAGACAGUUUAACUCACUAUCAAAUUUUGUUGUACGAUUUUUUUUACCUUUUUCAUAGCACAAUUUACAUGUACUACUUCUAAAUAUCAUUUCCUUUCAGAACAGUGUAAAAGUUUUAUUGUUUUUUCUUGACAGUGUUGUGCUGUAUCAUUUAUUGAGAAGCUUGAUGCUCAAGCAUUAUCCAUAACUCAGGAAGAGUUUAACAGGUUUGAAUACCAUUUUUUUUUCAACCAUUGACUGCUAAAAGCAGACAGAACAUGGUACACAGUAAGAUUAUUAUCACUGACUGAUUACCUAAUAUAAUGCUUCAAUUUUCUGUGAUAUUUUAGAAACAUGUAUGGCGAUGCAACAGAUACCUCAGAACAGAGUAAAGCUAAAGCUGAACCACCAGUGACAUGUAAAGGACUAGAACUUAUGAAGGUAAAUCUCAAUCUGCCUUAAAUACAGCUAUCAUUGAAUUUGUACAAGAUUCCUUUUCCCAAAAUAGCCUUUCCCCCACCACAACAUCUACCCACAUGAAAUUUCCUCUGAAAUUUUAAGAGGUAUUUUACGUCUUUUAAAGAGGAAUGAUGGAGUUCGAGGGAGCUAUGUGUAAAGCUUGAUGAUGUUUCUUGGGAAGUCAGGGAUGUUAUCUUUAUUCAUCUUUUUUGCAGAAUUUUUUUUAGUUGCAGCCACUAACCACUGUAUAUUUUUAUUACUUUUGACAUAAUGCUGUUCUUAUUAACUUGUUUUUGCAGUCCAAUCUUGAAAUGCUUGGAACACUACGAGAAAGACAGAUAAAACUUAGGGAGGAUGCUCUUGUGCUACAAGAACAGAUGACAGAAUUUAGGAACAAUGUUGUAAAAGAGGUACUUGCAAUUUUCCCAAAGGGGGAAAGUAUGUGCUAAGAUAGAUUGUGCAUGAUGUUUAUCAAAUAAAUAGUCUAGUUUAGUGGCCUUAGUUCUCAUGAGCUGAGUCUUCUGUUGCUCAGUUGUAGAACAUUUGGGCUAGUAACCUGGCUCCCAUUGUUCAAAAGGUGGAUAACAUUAUCCACUGGAUAGUGCAAUAAUAUUAGUUCCCAAAUCCUUAUCUGCUGGAUAGUUAUAGUUCUUUUGAACAACCUGGGCCAGGAGGUUAUAGGUUUGAUUCCUGUUUGGAGGAUUCUGAUUAUUAUUCCAAGCCGCCUGUGUCACUGACUGAAAUAACAUCAUUUUUGUUAAUUUUGUUGUUUAAAAUAGGUUGAUGCUAUCUUAGCUGGUACAAGUAAAGGUAAUAUGUACUUCAAACCAACACUAUCAUCAACUGAUCAACAACCUUCAACAUCAGUUGUGGCAAGCUGACAAAGUGGAUGAAAAUGGACGAAAGAAAAAUUGAGCAUGUGAAGGUGAAGGGAAUUUUACUAUAAGACACAGAUUAUGAUAAUCUAAAGAUACAACACAUGUGUGGAUAUCAACUGCUUGGAUGCUUUUGGUACAGUAAGCUGAUCAUCAAUAUUGAAAGAUGACAUCAAAGGCAGGGAAACUGUGCUAGAAGGCACUGAUAAUUAAAGUGAUAGUGCAAAAACUGGGAUAACUGCACAGAGUAAUAUUGCAGCUACAAGAAAGCCAAGUGAAGAACACUCAGGCAAACAAGUUUUGCUCCAAUGUGAUUAUAGCAAACGUAAGCAAUGCAGAAAUCCAGCACUUAGCACCAUGGGCAAAUCUUGUAAGGGUAACGGGAGAAAUUGAAGACAGCACUGAAAAAGGAGAUGACCGAUCAAUGUCAAUCAGUAUUUGCAAAGUAUAUAUUUAUUGUCCAUACUGCUUUUAAAACAGGUUUUCUAUUAAAAUACAGAUGUGAAAAUAUGAAAUAAUUUAUAUUCAUGUUACUACUUUGAUUGGGAUGAUAAAGUUAUAGAAUAUAAAAAAACAAUGUUUUUGGUUCUCACCUGAACGGAGUCGGACCAGUUUUGUGAGAAAUCUUGAUCUGUUAAGAGUUUUCUCGCCCUUUUUUUGUUUUUUUGUUCUUCUAAAUAAUUAUUCAUUACCUCCUAGCAUUCUAGCACAUUAUAGGUAACUCUCUGGCCGUUAAGGAAUUUUUUUUUAUGAUUUUUGUAAGUGUUUUGUCAGUUUAGGGAGAGGCGGCUAACAGAUGAGGGAAAGAAACUGCUCAUUAAAAUAUAUAUUAAAUAU